UGUCAAGAGCCUACACACCAGAUCCCAGCAGACAGACUGACUUCCUCCCCACACGGGGCUGGGCGGGGCCGCCCGGAAGCGGCCUGCUGUAGCCGAGGUGACACAUCUCUGCCCCGCCAGCUCCAGCAGCAGCUGGGUCAGCAGGAACGGCAGUACAGGCCACCCUUCCCCAGGGCCUCAGAAUGGACCUCUGCCACCCAGACCCAGCAGAGCUGAGCAGCGGGGAGACAGAGGAGCUGCAGCGGAUCAAGUGGCACCGGAAGCAGCUUCUGGAAGACAUCCAGAAGCUGAAAGACGAGAUCGCAGAUGUGUUUGCCCAGAUUGACUGCUUCGAGACCACGGAGGAGAGCCGGUUGGUGCAGAAGGAGAAGGAGCUAUGCAUCGGGCGUAAGAAGUUCAAUAUGGACCCCAUGAAGGGCAUCCAGUAUCUCACUGAGCACAAAUUGCUGACCCCCAACGUCCAGGACAUCGCCCGGUUCCUGUACAAGGGCGAGGGCCUCAACAAGACGGCCAUUGGCACCUACCUGGGGGAGAGGGAUCCCUUCAACCUGCAGGUCCUCCACGCCUUCGUGGACUGCCACGAAUUUGCCAACCUCAACCUCGUGCAGGCCCUCAGACAGUUCCUGUGGAGCUUCCGGCUGCCAGGCGAGGCCCAGAAGAUCGACCGGAUGAUGGAGACGUUUGCCACCCGAUACUGCCUCUGCAACCCAGGCGUCUUCCAGUGCACAGACACCUGCUACGUCCUGUCCUUCUCCAUCAUCAUGCUCAACACCAGCCUCCACAACCCCAAUGUCCGGGACAGGCCGCCCUUCGAGCGCUUUGUGUCCAUGAACCGAGGCAUCAACGGUGGCGGUGACCUGCCUGAGGAGCAGCUGCGGAACCUCUUUGACAGCAUCAAGAGCGAACCCUUCUCCAUCCCAGAGGACGACGGCAAUGACCUCACUCACACCUUCUUCAACCCCGACCGCGAGGGCUGGCUGCUCAAACUGGGGGGCCGCGUGAAGACGUGGAAACGCCGCUGGUUCAUCCUGACUGACAACUGUCUCUACUACUUCGAAUUCACCACUGACAAGGAGCCACGGGGAAUCAUACCACUGGAGAACCUCUCUGUGCAGAAGGUGGACGACCCCAAGAAGCCAUUCUGCCUGGAGCUCUACAACCCCAGCUGCCGGGGCCAGAAGAUCAAGGCGUGUAAGACGGACGGCGAGGGCAAGGUGGUGGAGGGCAAGCACGAGUCUUAUCGCAUCUCUGCGUCCAGCGCCGACGAGCGCGACCAAUGGAUCGAGGCCAUCCGAGGCAGCAUCACCCGUGUCCCCUUCUACGACCUGGUCUCUGCUCGGAAGAAGAAGAUUGCCAGCAAGCACUGAGCUUCCUGAGAGGUGGUGCCGGGGGGUCCAGGGGUCACGGGAACCCCAUGACCUGUGGUACCUGGAGACUUAUAUCCCACCCCAGGACACCCUUUUCUGGCGCAUAGACAUUGUCCCCGCCCCCAUGACUUUGAGCUACCAGGAGUGGGGGGUAGAGGGGGCAGGGCUCAGGAGGGUGGGUGGGAAGCCUCACGGGCUCAGAGGUGACACUUAGGUCCCCCGGCUCUCGGCACCCAGGCACUGCCAGGAAAGGCCCCUGCCCCCUGCCCACGUCACUGCAGCAAGGAGCGAGGAAAGCAGCCCCAGAACCCUGCACCCUGUCCUCCCUUUGGGCCUCAGUCUCCUCUUCUGUGAAACAUCUCCUGGACUCUGAAACGCUGUCGGCCCUCGAGGGAGGAGGAGCCGUGGGGAUCCUGAGUGCUUCCCGCCCUUGGCCAUGGUAAUGCCUCCUCCUUCUGCUCAGGGGGUUCUCAGCCAGCCCCUCCCCUGUCUUUGGCUGGGGCUUGGCCGUCCCUGCCUGAGGGACCCACACACACAGCUCAGACCCACAGACAGGACCGCCGGGAGACGCCAGGAGCACUGGACUAGGAGCCCAGCACCUGCAGACUCCAUCCCAGCUCCGUCUCCAAAUUGCUGUGUGUCCUCUGCCAAGUCACACUCCUCUGGUUCUUGGAAAACUGCGGGGUUUGGAUAGAAACGUCUUGGUGCCUUCUGUGUCUGUGCCCUUCACCCCCAGCAACGGUAGCAGCCCCAGUGCAGAUCCCAGCGGUGCCCCACCUGCCACCUCCCUCCUCACGGACCACUUCCUUUCAGUAGAAGGACAAGAUUGUACUGGGUCCACCUAAGGAGCUUCUGGCUGGAGAUGUCUGCACUUGAUGCCUGAGCUGGUGGGGCUCUGACCGAAGGCUGCAGGGAAGCCAAGAGCAGAGUGGGCUCCAAUCGCAAGGAUGUCCAUUUUGGAGGAGGGGCAAGUGGGAAUCCUCAAGAAAACGGCAGAGAGCGUCCCUGACAGAUGUAUGCAAGCAGGGCUGGUGGUACAGCCACGAAGCCAAGAAGAGAGCGCUUUGUGAACCGUGGUGACCAGGAGGGCGGCCUGGAGGCAGCGUCCAUGCCACUGAAUGACAUAGAAGCUUGUGGCAGAGCCUCAGCCCCAGCCUCUCUGCUGACCACUGACCAGGGGUCCUGUGGUGGUGAGGGGCUGCCCCAGCGGGUCCUGGCACCCUGAGACCCGCGGUAGCGCAUCAAGGCUUGAGCUGACUUCCCAGCACGCACGCAAGCAACUCUGCCUUCAGGGAGGCCCCAGCCUGGAGGAGGAGUCCUUGAACAGGCUCCUUCUCAGAAGCCCUUCUCACCGCCUCACACAGGCUCUGGGGGAGACCCUGGAGGGCAGUUCCCUGGCAGGAAAGCAGGAGAUGCGGUUGCGUCUGCCCCACCACCAGCCUGAGUGGGCGAGCCAGAGCGAGGUGGGCUCCCCAGGGGAGGGGAGGCAGUCUCUCGUCCCCUCCACCCCCACUAGCACACGCACACCUUUCGUGGGGUCAGGGAGAGAGUAGCUGUCUUGUGGGGGGUGAGAUCCUCGUCUCUGGAGGUGUGCGAGUGUCUGGUAAUGACACGGUACCGAAGAGGGUCUGGGAUGGGCAUCUGCAGGGGGCCUUGGCGGGCAUCUGAGGACUUCCACAGACCCCACGUCAGCCUGGGAACUGGAUGGCACCGCUGCCACCUCCUUAGGCCCCUGAAGGGACAGCCGGGGGUCAUGGAAGGAGCACUGGGCUGAGGGUCAUGGGCUCCGAGGUCCUCUCCCACCACUGGCACACGCUGGCUGUGUGGCCUUCACCCCCCGCCCCCCUUUCCCUCUUUGGUCCUCAGCUUCCUCCCCCAUCGUUGAGAGGGUGGAAGCAGUGUUUUGCAGGCAUGAGUGGCUGUCCUGGAAAUCACUCAGAAGACAGAAUAAAGCUCAUGAUACAUCUCGGGA